AUGAGCACUGUGGGAUUAAGGUCCCUCUCGUUCCGGUUCCUCGGGGCCCGGGGCCACCUGUCGCUGGAGUCCUGCGUGGUAGGGAGGGUGCAGCGCAGAGCAGCGGUGACUGAAGCCGCAGCAGCCGGAGUGGUAGCAGGGGACAAAAAAAUGAAAACCUUUGAAGAUUUACCUGGACCGUCCCUGCUCACCAACCUCUACUGGUUCUUCAUCAGAGGAUAUCUGUUUCAUUCACAUGAGUUAACUAUAAAAUACAAGAAGGUUUAUGGGCCAUUGUUCAAGAUGGUUAUUAGCCGCUACAAAAUGGUGAAUAUUAUGGACCCAGAGUUACUCCAAGUUGUGCUGAGGCAAGAGGGGAAGUAUCCCAUGAGAACAGAAGUGGACCUCUGGAAAGAGCACCGGGAUAUCAGGAACUUACCCUACGGUCCCUUUACUGAACAGGGACACAAGUGGCACACUCUCCGCACGGUGCUCAACAAGAGAAUGCUAAAGCCAACUGAAGCCAGAGCCUACACAGGGAGCGUUAAUGAAGUAGUGACGGAUCUGAUGGAGAGGAUUCAGGAGAUCCGCAGAGAGAGCGCCUCUGGAAACACAGUCCCUGACAUCGCCAAUCUCUUAUACAACUUUGCCUUUGAAGGAAUCUCUUAUAUCUUAUUUGAGGCCAGAUCCGGUUGUCUUAAUAAAAACAUCCCCAUGGAGACCCAGAAAUUUGUCAGUUCGAUCGCCUACAUGCUGAAAAACUCUGUGUAUGUCACUUUCAUGCCCCUAUGGACCAGACGGGUCUUCCCUUACUGGGAGCGCUAUCUCUCGGGCUGGGAUACCAUCUUCGCAUUCACGCAAAAGCUGAUUGAUAAGAAGAUGAAUGAGAUCCAGGAAAGACUGGAGAGGGGAGAGGAGGUGCAGGGGGAGUACCUGACCUACCUGCUGUCCAGCGGAAAACUGACCAUGGACGAGGUGUACGGCAGUGUGGGCGAGCUGCUGAUGGCCGGCGUGGACACUACCUCAAACACUUUGACCUGGUGUUUGUAUCACCUGGCUCAUGAUCCGGAGCUCCAGCAAACCCUACAUGAAGAGGUGGUCAGCAUUGCUCCAUUAGAACGUAUACCCACAGCAGAUGAUAUCUCUCGAAUGCCACUACUAAAAGCCACCAUCAAAGAGACCCUCCGGCUGUACCCUGUCGUGUCUUCCAAUGGCAGAAUGAUCUGCGAAAGGGAGGUCGUGAUUGGUGACUAUUUGUUUCCAAAAAAAACUCUGUUUGUUCUGAAUCAUUAUGGCAUCUCCAGAGACGAGGACUACUUUCAGAACGCGGACAAGUUCCUGCCUCAGAGGUGGCUGCGCAAUGGCGGGAUGAAUCACCACCCAUUCAGCUCCAUUCCUUUUGGGUACGGCAUUCGGGCCUGCGUGGGGAGACGUAUCGCAGAGCUGGAGAUGCACUUGGCUUUGGCUCGGAUCAUCAGGAAAUUUGAGAUCAAAUAUAACCCUCAGGGAGGCAAAGUGAAACCCAUGUUGAGAAUUGUGCUGGUACCAAGUUCACCCGUCAACCUGGAGUUCCUGGAGAGAGCAACCUGUUAAGAUGUCAGCUUCCUCUGCUAUGGAAGGGGACUGAGCUCAGACAUGCAAUACUCCUGA